CACAAACAUGAAUUCGAUCAUUCUAUAACGAUACCAACAUUCGUGUAUUCCGACCUCCAACUUGUAAAUAUAUUUCGCAAGAUGGACAUGUUUCGUUCUUAUUGCUUCGUUGGUCUUACAGAGCACUAGCAAGCGUAAGCAUCAUGCAGAUGCAGUCCGCUGGAGAUCGCAAGGAACCGCAUUGAUCCAGUGUAUGCUGCUGACAACACGCAUAGGUCUGUACUCAUGACGCCAGAAGAUAGGGGUCCACUGGACCAGAAACUAGGUGUUAUCACACUACUGGAGCAUUGGCACAAGCCAGAGUUUGCAUGUGGCUGGGGGGCAGCUUUUGUAAACAUCUGUGUCACUUUCCCGCUGAACAAGGUGAUAUUCCGACAGCAGUUGCAUGGCGUCAGGUCUUUGAUCGCAAUAACUCAACUAAAGAGGGAAGGCAUUCAGCACAUCUACCGUGGUUUGUUACCACCGCUGCUGCAGAAGACAACGUCCAUGUCUCUUAUGUUCGGAAUGUACUACGAGUGCCAGCGUCAGCUGCAUUAUUAUUGUCCUACUCUGUCUCCGUCAGUUGUGAAACCCAUUGCAGCUAUGUUAGCUGGAAGUAUUGAAGCCCUCUUGACUCCGUUUGAGCGGGUGCAAAUCUUGUUGCAGGAUAGGAAUUAUCAUAAUCAUUACAAUAACACAGCUCAUGCAUUUUCUGAACUCAGGCAACAUUACGGGCUGAGGGAAUUCUACAGAGGAAUGUCUGCUAUUUUGUUAAGAAAUGGACCUAGUAAUGUACUGUUUUUCUCCGGCAGAGAAUACAUCACACAUACAUUCGCAAAUGUAGAAUCAACCAGUGGGCGAAUAUUGUUAGAUUUUUUAAGUGGUGCCAUGCUUGGGGCCUUUAUAAGUACCCUGUGUUACCCUUUAAAUGUGAUCAAAGUGCGUAUGCAAUGUGAGGUUGGGGGAGAAUUCAAGAAAAUGCUUCCCACAUUUAGAUUAGUUUUAGCUGAGCGCGAUUAUAGUAUAAAGAAACUCUUUCGAGGGGUUCACACAAAUUACACAAGGUCGUUUGUGUCUUGGGGAAUCAUUAAUGUUACUUAUGAGCUGCUGAUGAAAAAUGUCUUCAAAAAACAGGAAGCUGACGAAUUCUGAUAUAAUAAAUAAAGGUAAAUUUUUUGGAUUCAGGGAUAUUUUAUGACUGCUUCCAAUUUUUAGUGUUUAUCUCUAGUCUGUUCAUAAUCUUCAUGAGAACUGUUCUUGCUUAGGUUUACAUAUUUCCCUGCUUUGUUUAUUUAUUUGUUUAUUAUCUUUAAACUUUUUGAAAUUUCAUGGGUGCUCACUGUGCUUUAGUAGGGUAUUUGAUAGAAAUUUAAUUAUUUAUGCAUUUGUUUUACCUCAUUUUUAAGUUGGCAUUUCAACAUUUGUUUUACCUCAUUUUUAAGUUGGCAUUUCAACCUUUUAAGAAGUUUUGUACAUCAUUUAACCCUCGGCAUGCAAAAAUUGCCAUAUGGAGCAAGCGAACCUUCAAACAGACUUGCACAUGAUGCAACUCAUUUCAUUUAUUCCACUAGUUUCCAUUAAUGUUAGAUUUAAUAUUCUCUUGCAACAAUUUGAAAAAUAUGAUAUAUAUAUAUGUGCUGUGUAAAGUUGACAUGAAUUGGGUUUUUUAAGCCCUGUCAACAAAAUAAAAGUGCCAAGGAGCAAAAAUUAAUAUAUAUAUAUGUUCGAUUUGGUCCAAGAGCUUUCGGAUAUUAAAAUGAUGAAAUGUAGUUUUUUUAUGAAUCUUUUAGGCUGGUUUGAAUAUAAUAUUUACACUUUUGUUUAGUAUAUGACACUUGUUUUUGUAAAGAUUUAUUUGGCAACCUGUUAACAAUUCUGUUUAAUUGUCAACUCACGGAACAACCACUCAUAAUCAUGAUACAUGUAAUAGACAAUACCAAAUGCAGCAUGUUGCCGAAAACCUGGGCUAAAUACAUGUGCAUAAAGUGUUGUCCUAGGUUAGUCUGUGAAGUCUGCACAGGCUAACAGGGACAGCAUUUUCUGCUGUUAUGGAGUUUUCUGUUUAAAGGGAGUCUCUUCAACAAAAAUCCUGUGUAUGUAGAAGGGUCGUCCCCAAUUAGCCUUGGCAGAAUGCAUAGUGUAUGUAGAAGCGUUGUCCCCAAUUAGCCUUGGCAGAAUGCAUAGUGUAUGUAGAAGCGUUGUCCCCAAUUAGCCUUGGCAGAAUGCAUAGUGUAUGUAGAAGGGUCGUCCCCAAUUAGCCUUGGCAGAAUGCAUAGUGUAUGUAGAAGCGUUGUCCCCAAUUAGCCUUGGCAGAAUGCAUAGUGUAUGUAGAAGGGUCGUCCCCAAUUAGCCUUGGCAGAAUGCAUAGUGUAUGUAGAAGCGUUGUCCCCAAUUAGCCUUGGCAGAAUGCAUAGUGUAUGUAGAAGGGUCGUCCCCAAUUAGCCUUGGCAGAAUGCAUAGUGUAUGUAGAAGCGUCCCCAAUUAGCCUUGGCAGAAUGCAUAGUGUAUGUAGAAGCGUUGUCCCCAAUUAGCCUUGGCAGAAUGCAUAGUGUAUGUAGAAGCGUUGUCCCCAAUUAGCCUUGGCAGAAUGCAUAGUGUAUGUAGAAGCGUCGUCCCCAAUUAGCCUUGGCAGAAUGCAUAGUGUAUGUAGAAGCAUC